AUGUCUCAGUUUCCGAUUGUCGUGGUGAAAAACCUACCCUACAACGUGUCCACGGUCCUGCUCUACGAACUAUUUUCCAAUUUCGGAAAAAUUCACCAGCUCAGAAUAUCUGACGGAUCCGUGCCACAAGGUACCUGCUACGUGGUAUUUGUGUCCACGGAUGAUGCCGCCAAGGCCGCGCGAGAUCUCAACGGAGUGAAUUUCAAGUCCAGGUACUUGGUGGCACACAUGCUCCCGGUGAGCGACGAGCAACUACGUUCUUUGGGAAAGUAA